AUGUAUAAUUUGCAGGUGGCUAGUGUAGUGGUGGCAGUAGUUGAAUUUCUGAUCUGUUUAUUAUCGGUAUAUGGAUUGAUCAGAAAUUAUCAGAUUUUUGGAGCUUCUUAUUUGCUUUGGUUUAUUAUUGGUAUUGUAAGUGUCGUCAUAAUUUUGAUAGUAAUUGUACUGUUACUGUAUGCUAUCAAAACUGAGAAUGCUCGGUUAUUGGUACCACAUUUAUGUGUUCAGGUAUUUUUGAUAUUAUUUUUGAUUAUCGUGGCGCUCGUUGUUGCGCUAUUACUACUUUUUGGCGCCUAUCGUGGAAUUCGAAAUCUUCUCGGCCAUGCAAGCUAUCAUAUCACUGAUGAAGCUACAGAAACUCUUGGGUACAUGAUAAUCGCAAUAUAUCUUGCACUCGCAGUGCUGGAAGUAUUGUUUCUCUACAUUAUUUAUAAACUCUACAGGUACUUGACCCGGUAUUAUUUGAUCGGAUCGGCUGAUCCGUUCACUAUGAAAAGUCAUCAUCACCGUAUUUAUUCCCCUACAUGGCAGAUGCCACCGAAAACAGCUGCUUUUGGAAGUGGAUCACCUGAUUCUGGUGAUCUGUACCCUUACAGUCCGUGA